AUGGACCUCCCCGCCGUGUGCGUCCUCCAGACCCUGCUGGUGCUGAUGAUUUUGCCCCAUGUUGCUUCUGCUCCUUGCCCCCGACCGUGCUCCUGCCCCCAGCCCACUGAGCUCCACUGCACAUUCCGCUCCCUCUUCACCAUCCCAGCUGCUGUACCUAAACACAUGGAACGGAUGAAUCUGGGGUUCAACAGCAUAAAUAAGAUCACAGACAAAUCACUUGCUGGCUUGAGGAAGCUGGAGCUUCUGAUGGUUCAUGGGAACGACAUCCACAGUCUGCCUGAUGGAGUUUUCAGAGACCUCAUGGCACUGCAGAUGUUGAAGAUUAGCUACAAUAAACUGAGGGAGAUCAACAGACACACUCUUCAGGGUCUGUGGUCUUUGGCCAGGUUACACCUGGAUCAUAACAGACUGGAGUUCAUCCACCCAGAUGCCUUCCAGGGCCUAACCUCCUUGCGACUGCUGCAGCUGGAAGGCAACCGUCUUCAGCAGCUCCACCCAGCCACCUUCACUACCUUCACCCUGAUGGGCCACUUCCAUGUCUCCACUCUGAGGCACCUCUACCUUUCUGACAACGGGCUAACAUCACUGCCGUCCAGGCUGGUGGUGACCAUGCCUCAGCUGGAGAAUCUGUUCCUCCAUGGAAACCCAUGGACCUGUGACUGCAACAUGAGAUGGCUCCAUGACUGGGAUAAAAGCUUACCAGGUGUCUUGAAAUGUAAAAAGGACAGGGCACUCCCUGGUGGCCAGCUGUGUCCUGUAUGCUCCUCUCCCAGGCACUUACAGAGUAAAGAGCUCCAGGCUCUGGAGAACCUGGUCUGUAGCCAUCCCAUCAUCAGCUCUCCUCAAAGGACUACCCCACCUGAGGACAUUGAGAGUGAGGUAAUGACCACAGAGGAUUUCAGAGAACCAUUUGGCAACGUCUCCUUGGGCCUGUCAGACGAACAUGGGAAUGAGGUGGAUCUGGAAUGUAGCAUUGGUGAGCCUAGACAGCUUAACAAGAUCAACUGGGAGCACGCGAACCAGCUCCAGCUGGCAUCCAACGUCACGUUGUCAGUGGAUCUUGAAUGUCCUGUUGAUAGAGAAAAGUAUGAAAGACUGUGGAGGUUAAUUGCAUACUACAGCAAUGUGCCAGCCCACUUACAAAGAGAGAUUAUGCUCAGUAAAGAUCCUCAUCCAACCUAUGUGUAUAGACAAGAUUCUGAGAAAGAUGCUCAGUACUACACAGGUGUCAAGGUUAACAUCAUGGCCCAGGCAGCAUGGCUGAUGCAGACAUCUGUGGACCUUCAGCUGAACAGACUUCAGUCAUCAGGCAAGAUGGUAAAGUUGAUCCUGAGCACCCAUCUCUCUGAGACACUGGAGGUGGAGCUGGUGCGGAGACAGAGGAGGACAUGGGUCAUGAUCGAGUCAACAAACACGACACGUGAAGUGUAUAGUGCUAUCCUGGGCAGCCCAAGUCAAAUGUACUGUAAAGUGCACAGUUCUGGCCAGCCAGUUAUCCACUGGAUGCUGCCAGACGGCUCCAAGUUGGAGGCACCGUAUAGCAGCCCAGACAACAGGGUGUCUGUGUCUACUGAUGGACGACUGGUCAUUAAAUCUGUCAGCCAUGCAGAUACAGGAAUUUACUACUGCAUUGCCAAGGUUCAUGGAGAUCUUGCUGUCCUGCCAUUCCAGCUGACAGUGCAGGAAUCCUCUAGCCCUCCUCCAGGGGAAGAUGCUUCACUUACACCUACUGAAGGAUUUGCAGGGAACCCCAUUUCUCUACCUUGCACUGCGUCUGGCUCCCCAGAUGCUGAAAUUAACUGGAUUCUACCAAGCAACAACAUAGUUAGUUACCAAACCAACUCCUCCAGAGCAUUUGUCUAUUCAAAUGGCACUUUGCAUAUCCCACAGACUCAGUUACUGGACAGUGGCUACUAUAAAUGCAUUGCCAUGAAUCAACAUGGUGUGGAUACACUGGCUGCAAAAAUCACAGUUGUAAGGCGCAAAGGAUUGAUAAGGCCUUUGAGGAAGUUCCCAGCACGACCUCAGUCAGCUUCAGGGGUCAACACUAAGAUUAAAGUCCCAACAGAGGAUGCAGAGGAGGCAUCAGGGGACAUUGAGGUUACUGGGGAGGGUGCGCCAAGGGGCCGCCUGGAUGCUUUGAGAAGGAGAUUUCCAGGAGGUGUGGCUCCAGGCAGGAGGGGUGUACAUCCAUCGAGGCAGAGACCACCAGAUAAUAAGAAUAUUGUUGAAAACAGGAGGAGGAUUAAUGUGUCAAAAAGUAAAAUAGACCCAGAGAAGUGGGCAGAUAUUUUGGCUAAAAUUAGGGACAAAAAUGCUCAGACAAAUUCUCCCCUAGCAACAGUCAGGACCACUGCCGCUACAAAGCUAAAAAUAGACCUAUUAGAAAUUACAACAGCCAAUUUCAAUACCGCUGUUCCAUUCACCGACAGCCAAGCAGCGUCAUCAGGCAGACUGAGUCAUAAAGAAAGCACAGUCUCCAGGCAUGGCGACGAAGCAGCCACCAAACCCUCCUCACUACCAGCUUCUCCCCCGGAAACAAAGGACAGCCUUCAACCUUCGGCCAAACCACUAUUCAAAAGCACAUCAGUGGCACCAUCAUUUCCUACAGCCUCUCCAGAAGCAGGUCACAGAAAGACAAGUUCUCAAACAGCUUUGGGAAUCUCAGAGAGCGUGUCUACUUUAGAGCAUUUGGAUGUGCUCACAUCAGCCGGUCAGCAAAAGUUUACAGGCAGACCUCUUCUACCUGUGAAACCCUCAGAGGUGACGCAAAGGGAAGACAUGGCAGGAGAGCUUGAACCUGUGCCACGGUCUGAUAGUUCCUCUGGGAGUUUUCACACUGCAACUCAAGUACAAACAGACUUAAAGGAAAAUCAAUCGGGCUAUCAGUACACACCCACCAAAAACCCUGAAGAGAUCGGAAAGCAUUUUUCACCGCUGCCAUUUCAAUCCACCUCAGCGGAUUCCUUGGUCACACAUGAAAUCAUGGCAACUUCUGGCACAUAUAGUCCAAGUAGCUCGAUCACAACACCAAGCAUGCUUUUUGAGGGUGUUCUGAAGACUUUACAGGUUACCACAAUAACACCUACAGUACCUGAGAGAUCUUAUCAUAGUUCUAGUCAAAAUAAGACCACAAGCAGUGAGUCAGGGGAAGAUCAGCAUCUUAAGGAAAAUGGAGAGAUGCUGACUAGUAAGAUGGAUGCUCCUAUCAUAAGUGCGAUCAUGACAACACCUCCCUUUGCAACUUCAUCAAGUCCUGAUCCUUUAAUCCUAUCUAGUGUAGGGCCACAUGUGACACUGCCUAAAACAUCUGACAGAGGUGCUGAAACAGGCCAUUAUCUGCUGACCAACACCCAGGAAGCUCCAGGGAUCAACAGCCUCCCAGACAACCACACUCGAGACCAACAAAUCCAACCCAUCACCACAUCAGAGCCUAAGACAACAUCAAAUUCACAUCCUGCAACCCAAUCACCUGACCACAAACUGGUUCUAUUUAUUAGUAGAAAUCCAACUUCCCCAGCUCUAAAACUGAUCAAUGGGAAGACAAUUAGGCAGACAACCCCCCCAACCCCAACAAUUACUGCAACCCAGCCUGAAUUAUCCAAAGAGGGAUUACUAACAAGCACUCAGGAUGUGUCCAGACAGCCCCAGCUACCUGGACGAGGAUCUAUUCCAAGAAGGAAGCCAAGGAUAACCAAUAGCAAUUUCCAGACUUUUACUGUGAAAGCUGAAACAGAUGCUCAGCUUCCAUGUGAGGCUGUAGGCGAGCCAAUGCCCUUCCUGUCAUGGACUAAAGUCGCUAGUGGGGCAAGUAUUGCUCAGAACACCAAGGUCCAGAGGUUUGAGGUCCAUCUGAAUGGUACAUUAAUCAUCAGGAGCACACAGCCCAUGGACGGGGGCCAGUACCUGUGCAUGGUCCAGAACCAGUACGGUACAGACAAAAUGGUGGCCAACCUUGUGGUCCUGUCUCAACAUCCACGGGUUCUUCAUCCUCGGCACAGAGACAUUACUGUGCAUCUAGGUGGCAACACUGAAUUGGAGUGUAAAGUGGAGGGGCACCCUACCCCCCGAGUCACAUGGGUACUCCCUAACCAUGUCCACAUGGCUGCUGCUCCACUAGGUAUUGCCUCCCAGCAGCAUGUGGCCGUCCUGAGUAAUGGAACCCUCUGGAUCAGCCAGACAAGUUACACAGACAGAGGAAUUUAUAAGUGCAUUGGUAGCAGUGCAGCAGGAGCAGACACAGUAUCAGUCCGCCUUUACGUCUCAGCAUUACCACCUGUGAUUCAACAGACACAAUAUGAGAACAAAACACUCACAGAGGGAAGCACUGCCUAUAUUCACUGUACUGCAACAGGCACUCCCCAACCUGUCAUACAGUGGCUCACACCUGAUGGCGUUCAGCUCACUGCUUCACAGUUUGUAACUGGACGCAAUCUUGUCGUAUUCCCCAAUGGGACCCUCUACAUGCGUGGACUGGGCCCUGGUAAUGCUGGAAGAUAUGAGUGCAUAGCCAGUAAUGCAGUGGCAUCCAGCAGAAGAGCAGUGAUCUUGAGUAUAAGAAGGAAUCCAUUCUCUGCCAAGGCCAGCAUCUCCUCCUCAUCUCCCCAGAGAACAGAUGUGAUCUAUGGGGAGAAGCUGCUGCUCAACUGUGUGGCAACUGGUCAGCCAGAGCCCCGAAUCAUCUGGAGGACACCCUCGAAGAAGCUAGUAGAUGCUCAGUACAGUUUCGACCCCAGGAUCAAGGUGUUUUCCAAUGGCACCAUAACUGUCCAUUCUGUGACUGACAAGGACAGUGGUGACUACCUGUGUGUGGCACGUAGCAAGAUGGGUGAUGACUACGUUCUAUUGCGGGUCAAUGUACUGACCAGGCCAGCCAAGAUCGAGCAAAAGCAGCAGCGAUCCAGUCAGGAGGUGGUGUACGGUGGAGACCUCAAGGUGGACUGUGUGGCAUCUGGGCUCCCCAACCCUGAGAUCAGCUGGGCACUGCCGGACGGCACCAUGGUCAACCCAGUCAAACAGAGAGAUAUUGUCGGUGUAGUGCGCAGUCGCAGGUAUGUAGUAUUUGACAACGGGACGCUGUACUUCAAUGAUGUUGACAUGCGAGAGGAGGGUGACUACACCUGCUAUGCUGAGAACCAGUUAGGCAAAGAUGAGAUGAAGGUCAAAGUCAAGAUCAAGGUUUCAACUGCUCUGCCAAAAAUCCAGGAUAAAGACCAAAACAGCAUCAAGGUUUUCUAUGGUGAGACAGUGUCACUGAGGUGUAACGCCAAAGGGGAACCAAUGCCAGUCAUAACAUGGAUAUCCCCAACAAAUAGAGUAAUCUCCCCUACCUUAGACAAAUACCUGGUUCUAAAUGAUGGAACAUUGGUGGUGCAGAAAGUGCAACGUUUCGAUGGAGGUAACUACACCUGCACGGCCAGAAACAGUGCAGGACAAGACCAUAAAGUCACCAUGCUGGAGGUCAUGGUAACACCUCCAAUGAUCAAUGGCUUGAGAGGCACUGAAAAUGUCAUUAGGGUGGCCGCAUUCCAGGAUCAGCAGAAGUUGGUGGAUUGUGUGGCAAAGGGAACUCCUACCCCUCGCAUCAUGUGGGUCCUACCAGGAAAUAUAAUCCUCCCUGCACCGUACCUCAGCAAAAGAAUGUCAGUUCACCAGAAUGGUACCUUGGAAAUCCGGUCACCUAAGAAGACAGACUCAGGGCAGCUGACUUGUAUCGCUCGUAAUGAAGGAGGGGAGGUCAGGCUGCUGGUUAACUUGGAUGUAAAGGAGCUUUUUGAGAGGCCACAAAUUAGAGGCCCCAAAACAGAUAGCCUAUCACUGACUGUUGGGAAUGCCAUGACUUUGAACUGCUCCUUUGAGGGAACAAUGUUACCAUACGUAACUUGGAUUCUACCCAAUGGUACACCUUUGCUGAGUGGUGCUCAGUCCUCUAAGUUUUUCCACCGGCCAGAUGGCUCUUUGAUCAUCAGUAACCCGUCUGUUGCUGAAGCUGGUAUGUACCGCUGCCUUGGACGUAAUUCUGUAGGACUUGUGGAGCGUAUCAUCACUUUGUCCCCAGGGAGAAAGCCGGAGAUUAACAACAAAUACAACACCCCUGUCAGCAUCAUGAAUGGGGAGAGUCUUUUGCUUCACUGUCUAGCCAGUGGCGAACCCCUCAGACUAACAUGGACAUUACCCAGUGGGGUCGUCCUCAACAGGCCGCAGAGAGCCGGACGAUACACUGUACUGUCCAAUGGAACACUUGCUAUCCAGCAAGUAUCAGUUUAUGACCGGGGGUCCUAUGUUUGCCGAGCUGCAAAUGAGUAUGGCAGCUCUAUGCUUUCCAUGUCAGUAAUUGUGAUUGCAUACCCACCUCGUAUUACCACUGGCCCUUCUGCUGUAACUUAUGCCAAGCGUGGAGUCGCUGUUCAGUUGAACUGCAUAGCAACUGGGAUCCCUAGAGCAGAGGUAGCAUGGGAAACACCUGAUAAAACACGCUUGGCUUUCACGGCACAGCAACGUGUUUUUGGAAACAAGUACCUCCAUCCACAAGGCUCCCUCAUUAUCCAGAACCCUACAAAAAGAGACGCUGGCGUCUACCGAUGCACAGCCAGGAAUGCAAUUGGCAUUGACUCUAAAGCUACACUUCUCAAUGUCUUCUGA